GAAGAGAGCAAAACCGCAGAACCUCUCCUCCCAGAAUCCCAUCCCUGCGUGUUCCCCACCCACCACUACCAUUAACCCAGUGAUGGAGAAGAGUGCAGGUCUGGGAGGUGAAUCCCCAGCCAAGAGCAGGAGCCAGGCAGGGAAGCAGGGGUGUGGCCAGGACAGGGGCAGGGCCAAAGUCACAUACUUGACUGUGAAGUCUAGAAGGCCCCACUCCUGACAGGGUGACCUCCCCUGCGCGACGCCACACCUGGACAGAACGCGGCAUGAGGUGUCCUCUGGACGCCAGACGGGGCCACAGCCCUGCCUGGAAGGGGCUACUUCUAACAGGCAUCCUGACCGCCUCCUGCACCUGUUCUGCCUCCUUGGAGCUGCCCACCCCUGCAUCUCCAGAUGCCCUGACUGAAGGAGCCAGUGCCCGCCUGCCUGUCCCCGGAAGCCCGAAUGAUGUUCUCUCCACUUCUUGGUUCCGAGGGCACAACGCCCAGCCAGAGACUAUGAUCUUCUCCCCUGAGGGCCUCCCAGGGCCCAAAUACACAGGCCAGGAGACGCCGGACACCCAAAGCAGCCUGAUCAUAGGAAACCCGACAGCUCAAGAUGCAGUGCUGGAAACCAACAGAGGACGCAGGAGUGCAACAGGGCAGAUAGCUGACCUGGCCAGCUCCAACGGCGUGAUGCUGCUGACAUUCCCCUACGACUCUGAGGGCGUUAUCCAGAGUGACCUAAACUACUCAGUGAUCCUGGAGUGUCUGGCUUCUUCCAUCACCCCCAAACCUGUGCUGCACUGGAGCUUCAAUGGGGAGCCCUACCAGACUGGGGCUAGGCUGAUCAUCCGGAGGCUGUCCUGGGAGCAUCUGGGCACCUACAUGUGCACAGCCAAGAACAGCCAGGGACAGUACUCCUCCUCUCCUGUGACCCUCGUGCUGCCACAAGACAACGUGGAUCCCACAGUCGCUGAGCCCAUUGAGCCAGACCCCGUCCUCUCUGUGUCAGGAGGAGGUGCCAUUGCCCUCCUCUUGGCUGGAAAUGUGGGGGCCGCGAUGCUGAUAGGAGGCAUAGGCUUCAUCAUUGUCCAAAGCAUAAGGUCUAACAGACAAAGAAUACGGUCAUGCUGCUGAAGUGGGCCCUUGUCUGUCAGCAUCAGAGGUGAUGCUGGGAAGGGCAACGAGAGCAUCCUGGGGCUGGGACAAGAUGAAGUUCCUGGGGGCUCCAGAUGAGACCUCCUCCGUCCUGAUGAUUUGUCUUUGGGAUGUUCCCAUCUUGCUGAGCGUCCCAGAGACUGCCUUUCUCUCCCUCACCCCAGCUGCCGGUGCCCCAUCUGCCUAGCUCACCAAAUCCCUGGAAGCCACCUACACAAGUAGUCCAUACUUCAUAAAAUUCAUGGGCUGAAAGCAAA